AUGACCGCGCACAAGGCGCUGCCCGCGGACAGCGCGGACCUGGCGCUCGCCCGGCUCGACCGCUUCCGCUUCGCCAAGGGCGGCUCGCCGACCGCGGAGAUCCGCACCGAGAUGCAGCGCAACAUGCAGACGCACUGCGCCGUGUUCCGCACCGACGAGCUGAUGCGCGAAGGUCUGACCAAGCUGGCCGCGACCUACAAGCGCAUGGGCGACAUCGCGGUCACCGACCGCUCCUUGAUCUGGAACACCGACCUGAUCGAGACGCUGGAGCUCGACAAUCUCAUCGCCCAGGCCAGCGUCACCAUCGCCGGCGCCGUCAACCGCAAGGAAAGCCGCGGCGCCCACGCGCAUGAGGAUUAUCCCAAGCGCGACGACAAGAAUUUCAUGAAGCACACCGUGUCCUGGUUCGAGGGCUGGGGCGGGCAGGGUGGCGGCGUGCGGCUCGAUUACCGGCCGGUGCAUGAAUACACGCUCACCGACGAGGUCGAGUAUAUCAAGCCGAAGGCGCGGGUUUAUUGA